AUGGUUUCCUGUGCCAGGUCCAGGGCCCUCCUGCUGUGUGCAGUCUCUUUGGUGCCCUGCAUCCCAGCCACUUUGGCCAUGGAUAAAAGGAGUCAUGGUACAUCUCAAGACAUAGCUUUAGAGGGUCCAAGCCCCAAGCUUUGGCAACUUCCAAGUGGUGUUGAGCCUGCAGGCAGCCAUGGCAGCCAUGAGUUUUUUUGCAACAGGCCUCAGUCACUGCAGUGGCAGCUGUCUGGCCAGUGCCUUGACACUCGACUGGGAUUCAGGGGCUUCCUCACCCGUGGCUUUGUUAAAGCUGUUGGUGAAACUGAACUAGUAGAAAUUCCAGAAGGCUAUAUCCCAGAACAAUGGGAAUAUUAUAAGCAUCCUAUAUUGAGAUGGAUUUUCCAUACUUUCUCUGAUGAUCCUGAAAAUAAUUACGAAAGAACAAUGUCUGUCCUUCAGACUGAAACUGAAAAGGCUGAACUGCAGAUAAAGGAGCUGGAAGUACAAAGAUUAAUGUGGAAGAGAAGAGAUGGACCCUGGUAUCAAUAUCUGACCAUUGAUAGGUCAAUUAUGGAUCAUUCUCCAAAAGCAACUCCCAGUAAAUAA